AUGGGCAAUCACACCACAGUGAGCUCCUUCCUUCUGUGGGGGUUUUCCAGUUUCCCAGACUUGCAGGGUCCCCUCUUUGCGAUGAUCUUCUUCUCUCAUAUGACCAUCCUAGCUGCAAAUGUUUCCAUAAUGGUGGCCAUCAAGCUCAGUCACAACCUUCACACCCCCAUGUACUUUUUCCUCUGUGCCCUGUCCUUUUCAGAAACCUGCACCACCAUGGCAGUCAUCCCUCGCAUGUUAGCGGACUUGCUAUCUGACAGCAAGACCAUUUCUCUUCCUGAGUGUGCCACGCAGAUGUUUUUCUUCUUUGGCUUAGCUGCAAAUAACUGCUUCAUCAUGGCUGCCAUGUCCUAUGACCGCUAUACUGCCAUUCAUAACCCACUGCACUACCCCAUCUUGAUGACCCAUAAGAUCUGCUUUCAGUUCAUCAUGGCCUCCUGGAUGCUUGGGUUUCUGGUUUCUCUGUGCAUCGUCAUCAUUGUAUUCAACUUGUCUUUCUGUGACUCCAUCAUCGAGCACUUCUUCUGUGACAUCUCACCUGUGGUGUGCCUUGCGUGUGACUACACCUUCCGUCAAGAAAUGGCUAUUUUUGUGCUCUCUGCCUUUGUGUUGGCAGGCAGCUUUGUCUUCAUCAUGAUGUCCUACAUCUUCAUUGUGUCCACAGUUGUGAAGAUGCCCUCUGCCCAGGGGAGGUAUAAGGCCUUCUCCACGUGCUCCUCUCACCUCACCGUAGUAUGCAUACAUUAUGGGUUUGCUGGUUUUGUCUAUCUGAGGCCUAAGGACAGGGACUCGUUCCGUGAGGACAUGCUAAUGGCUGUCACAUACACAGUGCUGACACCUCUGCUUAACCCCAUCGUGUACAGUCUCAGAAACAAAGAAAUGCAGAUGGCCCUAAGGAAGGUACUAGGCAAGACAGAUAGGCUCAUCCCUCAAAUGGUGAAUAAAAGAAAACUGGACACUUAA